AUGGGGAAUCUCCUCAUCGUCGCCGUCACUGCCCUCGGCCGGCACAUCCACACCUCCUUGUACUUCUUCCUCAGGAACGUGGCCCUCAACGACCUCUGCUACCUCUCUGUCACCGUUGCCAAAUCCAUCCUCGACUCCCUCUUGAACGUCAACUCCAUCUUCCUGCCUGCUUGCACUGCCCAGUUCUUUCUCGUGAUUUGCUUAGCGGGAACGGAGAUGGCCUUGCUGACUGUCAUGUCCCACGACCACAUCAUGGCUAUUUGCCAACCCCUGCGCUAUGACACCAUCAUACAUCGGUUGGCCUGUGCCUCCAUGCUGGCUGCCUCCUGGUUCAGCAGCUGUCUGAACGCUGCCCUCUACACGACCAGCGCCGUCUCCCUGUCCUUCUGUGGACCCAGAGCCGUCCAACUAUGCUUCUGCAAUGGCCCCCAGUUGCUGAGGCUUCCUUGCUUCUCUAGCCAAGGCGCCGAAAACCUGGGUUUAGCCACGACCGUCAGCUUACCCUUCUUCUGCUUCAUGCUAUUCGCUGUCUCGUACGUGCACAUCUUUUGGGCCGUUCUGAAGUUGCCGGAUGCCGAGGGCCGGGCCAAAGCCUUCUCCACCUGCUUGCCCCACUUCACUAUCGUCACACUUUACAUCACUUCCGGCUCCUCUGCCUACUUGAAGCCGAUAUCUGACUCCCCCUCGGCACAUGAACUGAUGCCGUCUGUGUUCUAUUCUGUGGUGCCCCCCACCCUGAAUCCACUCAGCCAGAGUAAUCGACACGUGAAGGCGGUGAUGGAAAAACUGUUAGGGCAGAAGCCGCCCCAAGGAACUUUCCUUUAG